UUUUUUGCGAACUCCAUGGCCAAGUUCGCGGAUGUGCAUUCAUGGUGAGAUGCUGGAAUGAUUUUACUAAUAGAUAGGGCUCGAGAUCCGGACAGCAAGGUGAGCACUGGACGGAUUGUAUAUAUAUGCCAACCACUCCUGCGAGGGAUAUUUCCAAGACUUUUCAAUAUUUUAGCCUGGUAUUUCCUUUUUGGAUUCACUUCACGCAUUGUGCAUGUGCUACUAACAAAACAGGUUUACCCGGAAAGGAAAUCCAGCAUCGGUUCCAUGAUCACUGCCAAAAGGACACAUUACCAAGGAUACCGGUUGGAACACAUCACUCUGGAAUUCUAUGGAUUGGUCAACAAAUCUCCUUACGGAUUUGACUUAACUGGACACAACUUUCCCACCUGGACAGCUCCUGAGACUCAGUCCGAUCAGGGACAAUUGGCGUGCCAGCCAUGGGACUAUCAGCCUAGCCAAGGCUUGAAAAAAAAA